AUGCCACACAAAGUCCUCGCUGAGAUCCUCGAGAAAAAUUACGCGAGGUUUAGGCAAAGCCAUCCAGAGGAAGGUCGUCGGAAACGCAUUUUGCGAACAUUACGCUCCAAUUGGCCAGAUGGAUCCUACCCGAUCGACAACUCAACCGUCGACAUCAACCUGGAGGAGCUUGACUCAGAUCCAUACGAUGCGUUCCUCGAGUUAGAUACUCCAGGUAUCCUGCUACGAACUGAUUAUUCCAACGAAGAAGCCUGGCAAGAAUUCCUUGCCAAGUUUCGAGAAUCAGAGCGAGAGUUGCUCGAAUCUUUGCGUCCAUCUCAACCCGAAGCAUUGAAUUCUGAAGCAGCGCCAGCGAAUCCUGUUCAAGAUGUUCACAUGAGAGAUAACAACGACGACAAUGACUCUGACAACUCGGAAGAAGACGGAAAUAUCCCUGACGCUGUCAUCUCGGUGUAUAGUGCUGCGACUGUCGAGGAACGCGCAACUUUGGAAAACAUCUCCAACAUCACGGCGCUCGGAUUGUUCAACGACGUCGAUAUUCGACCGGCGGUACCACCACCACCAGAGACGAAAACGCGCUACAAUCCCAACAAUGUCUUGAUCAAUAAGAACGGCUGGCAGGAAAUAUACACUGGCUGCACAUUGUGGCUAUUCGACCGCAAGUCCCUCGAAGAUCAGUGCGUACGGGUUGUCACGCCGUCUGGGGAUUUAUAUGGAACAGCAACUGGCGACAGUUGGCGGGCAAGGGUCUCUCACAUUGCAGAGCUGCAAUUCAACAUGACGUACCUUGGGAUGCAGAUCGACUUCGGUGGCCUCGACAGAUGGGAUCCUCAAGAAAGGUCUCGCAACCUGAACGAAACUAGUGCUUUCUGA